CUUCUCUUUUCAGGACCAUCUGCCUGUAUUGAACUUUUAUGGGUUACUUUUUUCUGGAGUUGCCUUUAGUUUUAAUGUUUUUUUUUCUUGGCCCAUCCUUGCCUAAGACAUGCAAUGUAUGCAAAGAGGCAGGAUUACAAAUAUUUCAUUUUUGUUUCAUUUUCUUUACCUUUUGACUACUUGCCACAGUAGAAAACUUCAACAAAGCAAACAUGAAAUCCCAUACAUCAGACAAGAACACCUAAUCAACAUAUUACUAGACUCUUAUGAAGUGGUUGAACCAAUAAAAGUAGAUGAAAAUGGAAGAUUUUUGUCUUACACCUUAUCUAAUCAGGAUGAAAGUAGCAGAUGGAAACGUGACCUCAGUUCAAAGACAAUGUACUAUAAACUUUUUCAUCAAGGCAAUGACUUGUUUUUUAAUUUAACUCUAAAUAAGAACUUUGAUUCCAAUAACUACAUUGUUGAAAGACGAACUGGAAAUCAACGGGGGAUAGAGAUUACCGCUAGCUCAGGGAAUUACUGUCAUCUUAUUGGUUCAGUAAAACAGCCGGAUAAUAAACAGGGAUUUGCUGUUAUAAGCGCCUGUAAUGGACUGACUGGAUUUUUUCGUCUCUCCCAUGGUGAAUAUUUCAUUGAGCCACUACAUAAUGCUUCACAAGCAGAGGGAAAACAAUAUAAGCACAUAAUAUACAAGAAAGAAGCGUACUUUUCUCAAAGAAAUCGUCGUGCCCUUCCUAUUACUAAGCAGCGGACUUGUGGAGUAAAAGAUAAUUUGAUUUCUGUUCUCCAACAAGAACAUCAGAGGGAGAAAUGGGAGAGAAAACAAGAAAAAGGAAGGAAGAUUUCUCCACGAUCUGUCAGCAAAGAACGAUGGGUGGAGACAUUAGUUGUUGUUGAUACCAAAAUGAUUGAAUACCAUGGCAGUGACAAUGUGGAAUCUUAUGUCUUUACUAUAAUGAAUAUGGUUACAGGAUUAUUUCAUGAUCCCAGCAUCGGCAAUGCAAUUCAUAUUAAAGUUGUCCGUCUUAUUUUGCUUGAAGAAGAAGAGGAGGGCCUGAAAAUUGUGCAUCAUGCUGAUCAGACCCUAUCCAGCUUUUGCAAAUGGCAGAAGAGUAUAAAUCCCAAGAGUGACCUUCACCCAGCACAUCAUGAUGUGGCUGUGCUGCUGACCAGGAAGGAUAUUUGCGCUGGUAAGAACGUUCCGUGUGAAACAUUGGGUCUAUCCCACCUCUCUGGUAUGUGCCAGCCAUUUCGCAGCUGUAAUAUUAAUGAGGACUCGGGACUUCCUGUGGCAUUUACUAUCGCACAUGAGCUUGGUCACAGCUUUGGAAUGCAACAUGAUGGACAAGGGAAUGAUUGUGAUUCAGCUGAAGGUCCACCCUACAUCAUGUCCCGGCAACUAAAAUAUGAUUCUUCACCACUGACAUGGUCAUCCUGUAGCAAAGAAUAUGUUACACGAUUUCUAGACCGAGGAUGGGGAUCUUGUCUUGAUGAUGUACCAGCGAAGAAAGAUUUCAAGCCACCUAUUGUAGCUCCAGGAGUGUUAUAUGAUGUUAAUCAUCAGUGCCAGCUGCAAUAUGGACCCAAUGCCACCUUCUGCGCAGAUGUUGAUAAUAUUUGCCAUACCUUGUGGUGCUCAGUGAAUGGAUAUUGCCGUUCAAAGUUGGAUGCUGCUGCAGAUGGGACCAAAUGUGGAGAAAAUAAGUGGUGCUUCAAUGGCAAAUGCAUAAAUGUUGGAAAACAACCGGAGACUAUUAAUGGCAGAUGGGGUGCAUGGACUCCUUGGUCUCACUGUACAAGAACAUGCGGAGCAGGAGUGCAAAGUGCAGAAAGAAAAUGUAACAACCCAGAGCCAAAAUUUGGAGGGCGAUACUGUACUGGAGAAAGAAAGCGUUACAGAAUUUGUAAAACAACUCCCUGUACUAAGAAUCAUCAAUCUUUCCGCCAUAUGCAGUGUUCAGAAUUUGAUACCGUACCUUACAACAAUGAAUUGCACCAAUGGAUACCAAUCUAUAAUACAGCAAAUCCAUGUGAACUGCAUUGCAAGCCCAUCGAAGGGAAAUUUGCUGAAAAGCUGCUUGAUGCUGUUAUUGAUGGUACUCCUUGCUUUGAAGGAAACAACAGUAAAGAUGUCUGCAUAAAUGGAAUGUGUAAGAGCGUUGGCUGCGACUAUGAAAUAAACUCCAAUGCCACAGAAGAUCGAUGUGGAAUCUGCCUUGGAGAUGGCUCAACCUGCCAUACUAUAAAGAAAGCCUUUAAUCAAAGUGAAGGAUUUGGUUACGUUGACAUUGGAAUGAUUCCUAAAGGAGCAAGAGAUAUAAAGAUAGAAGAAAUGAAAGAAGCUGGGAAUUUUCUUGCAAUAAGAAGUGAAGAGCCAGAAAAAUAUUACUUAAAUGGAGCAUUUAUUAUCCAGUGGAAUGGUGAAUAUAAAGUUGCUGGAACAAUAUUCCACUAUCAAAGGACAGGGAAUUUGGAAAACCUGACAGCCACAGGGCCAACUAAUGAGUCCAUCUGGAUACAGCUUCUGUUUCAGGAGAAUAAUCCAGGCAUUGAAUAUGAAUAUGUCAUACAAAAAGAAGUCAAUUUGGAAAAUGAAAUUGAGCCAUUAUACAUCUGGAAAUAUGGAGGCUGGUCAGACUGCAGUGCAACCUGUGGAACCGGAAUACAGUCCCAGAUAGCUCGAUGUGUGAAUAAAGGGAGAGGAGUCGUUAAGAAUACAUUGUGUGAUACAGGGACCCAGCCAAUGACAAGGCAAAAAAGGUGCUACAAACAUGACUGCCCACCAAGGUGGUGGGCUGGGGAAUGGCAACAAUGUUCAACCACCUGUGGACCCACUGGUGAGAAGAAAAGGACUGUUCUUUGUAUAAGAACAGUAGGAUCUGAUGAACAAGCUCUUCCCUCUGAGGACUGCCAUCAUCUGACCAAGCCCAAGGACUAUAUAUCAUGUAAUAGAGAUGUCCUAUGUCCUUCCGAUUGGACAGUCAGCAAUUGGAGUCAGUGUUCAGUGACAUGUGGUGGCGGAGUACGAACUCGCAAUGUGACAUGUGCCAAAAAUAAUGAUGAGCCAUGCAAUGCAUCCAAAAAGCCAAAUACUAAAGCUCUAUGUGGACUUCAACAAUGCCCUCUUGUUAGGAAAUAUAAACAGCUUCCUACUAAGUCCAUCCAUGGAACAAAAAUUGCCAACAUACUUCCAAGAAAAACAAGUAAUGCAAGCAGAGACAUUAUUUUACCAAAGAGUAAAAAGACUAUCAGACCCUCAACAAAGACACCAUCGUUAAGAACAUCAACAAUCUUUCCUUCUACUUUACCCCCAUCUAUUCAUUCCAUAAGAGAUGAUUUUCAACUCAAUGAUAUUCCAAAUUCAACACAUUUCAAUGUUGAUUACAAAUAUAACUUUGUUCUUGUUGAAAAUAACAGACGGAAAGUUGGUGUAAAUUCUAGUAGAUCGAUUCCUGUGAUAUCCAACGAAGACACUGAACAGAACUUAAAAGCUGAAAUAAUUAAUGUAACAGAGAAAGAUAUUCAAACUGGAUUUACCACAACUAAUAAACCUGAGGAAAUAACUCCCACCUAUAAUUUUCUAACUACUUUAUCAGACUUUGUGUUUGAAGACAUUGGUAUAUCCACAGCAACACCAGAAAAUGACUUUGAUACGGACUCUAACUCAAUAAUCGAAUCUAGAAGUAAGAGACACAAAGGAUUAUCAAAGACAAUUCAGAACAAUUUUAAUACAGUAAUAUACAAUAAUGCAUCUCCAACUCAAGCUUCAGGUGUAGUUACCACUGAAAAAGCAGGAACUUUAUAUAAUGAAUACAAUAUAUCAGUCACAGAGACUGUAAUUGAAGAACAAAAUUCUACAAACAAGGAAAGCAAUGAAUAUGAUAUUACAUUUAAAAAGAUGAAUGAUUUACAAGCAACUAAUUCUAAUGUUUCUAAAGAAUCAUUUAAGAAUCUAUAUAACAAAAGUGACUUAUUAAAUGUGAUGGAGUAUAUAAAUGCUACAGAAGUGCCUUUAAAUUUAUCGCAAAGCAGCUAUUGGAUUGUAGGUGACUGGAGUGAGUGCUCUACCACUUGUGGUCUAGGAGGUGUUUGGAGACAUGUAGAAUGUAGUACUGCAAAUGAAACUGACUGUAAGCAUAUUAAAAAGCCUGACCCUGCAAGAAGAUGUCACUUACGUCCUUGUGCAACCUGGAGAGCAGGAAACUGGAGCAAGUGUUCUUCAAACUGUGGUGGUGGAUUCAAGAACAGAGAUGUGCAGUGUACAGACGUGCAUGAAAAUAGACCGCUUAGACCCUUUCACUGCCAUUCAGCUGAAGAGAACCCAAAGCAAAAUGUUUCAUGCAACACAGAGCCUUGUCUUUCGUGGCUUGCAAAACCAUGGGGAGAGUGUUCAAAGACUUGUGGAAGUGGUAUUAGACAAAGAUCUGUAAUCUGUCCAAGGGAAGAUAGAUGUGAUUGGAUGAAAAUUCCAAUCACUAAUGUCAGCUGUAAUAGUGAACCAUGUGUCGAUUGGAAAAUUAACCCAUGGAUGGAAUGUUCUGUUUCUUGUGGAGGGGGUAUCCAGCGAAGAACCAUUGAGUGCAUUAAUACCAACAAUAAGACUCUGAGCCAAAGCAUUUGUGAAAAAGAGAAAGCAAAACCCACAGAAACCCAGCAAUGCAGUCUUCAGGAAUGCAAGAAACUGACAGAUCUACUGUGCAAAAAGGACAAGAUGUCAAUAAACUUUUGCAAAACUGUGAAAUCUAUUGGGAAAUGCUCAGUGAAGAGCAUCCAGGCUCAGUGUUGCCUCACAUGUCUACAGCAAGAGGAUUCUUUUCAAGGAGGAUGAACAUUUUUUCUUUUUUUUACUUUUUUUCAGUGAAAUAUAUUUAAGUUAAAACAAAAUUAUUUUAAUGAAUACAUUUUAAAGAUAAAAUUCAUAUUUCACUACCUUAUAAGGUCAUACGUUUAUAACGAAGAUGAUAAAAGCGCAUUGAUAUUCAAUUGAUGAUCUUAAUCUCUGAUAAUACCACAAACAUCUCAUACCCAGUUUGUUUCAUUAGCAUUUGAUGUUUGUGUAUUGUUUAAGUGAGUUCUAUUAAUUAUACAUUCCUGACUUAAAUCAUGAUUACAAAAACAAAGUGGGCGGUAUACUCCUAUAAACAGCAAGCAUAUGUAAAGCAGCAAUACAUGCAAUAUUGUUCCCGGGACUUAGAGCCAAUACUCACUCACCCCAGAAGUGCUUCCACACUAAGAUGUCACAGACUUACUCUUCCGCCGUCAGAGGAUUUCCACAGGACACCGGGGAAACUGCAAUCCAACAGACCGAGAACAUACUCGGCGAGCGCAUAUGCUGCUUCCUCCCAGUGUGACCUCCGUUCAGGUACUGAUUCACGGCACUCAGCUCUGAACAAUGACGUCAGCAGUGAUGUAUGGGGUGAGGGUAGUCUUCACCCGGGGUUUCAGAAUCGCUAUGAGGAAAAGCAGGAUCCUUAGCUGGUGGUGCUUGAAGACCAAAAACGAAAAUAGGAUCCCACAGCAGAUACGAUAAAAAGUAAAACUUUAUUUUCAAAGUUAAAAUCACCCGACAUGGGCUGGAGGGUGCAACAGAACAAAAGGUGUGAGAGCGUGACACCAUUGGUUUUAACUUUGUCAAUAAAGUUUUACUUUUUAUCGUAUCUGCUGUGGGAUCCUAUCUUCGUUUUUGGUCUUAAAUCAUGAUUAGCCAUAAAAUCUAUUGGUAGGACCAACAUAAAAGAGGUAUAGAAGUCAGAACAAACAAAAAAUAUUAAACUUUACAAUGUAAUGUUAUCAAAUUUACCUCUCUCAUUCUCACUGAUAUCCUUUGUUGAAACAGCUUUUAUCCAUGAGAUCAUACUGAAAUAGUGCUCAUAACACGUAAACGCUCCUGAGCCUAUGAGGCCGAAUUAUCAAAUGUCUGUCGGACCUGAUCCAACAGUGCGGAUCAGGUCCGACAGACAUCGCUGAAUGCGGAGAGCAAUACGCUCUCCAUAUUCAGCAUUGCACCAGCAGCUCACAAGAGCUACUGGUGCAACAACGCCCCCUGCAGACUCCACCAGCAGGGAGGUGUCAAUCAACCCGAUCGUACUCGAUCGGGUUGAAUUUUUGCGAUUCCUGUUCGCCUCAUCAGAGCAGGUGGACAGGGUUAUGGAGCAGCGGUCUUUAGAUCGCUGCUUCAUAACUGCUGUUUCUGGCAAGCCUGCAGGCUCGCCAGAAACACAGGGCCUCAGGCUCCAUUCGGAGCUUGAUAGAUAGGCCCCUAUGUGUAUAAUUCUUUUACAAACAUUGGUGCUACUGCAUGAGGGUGCUAAUAUAUAUUUUAUAUAAAUGUGUAACAUUGUUUGUAUUAUUAAAUCGUUGCAAUACAAUUUUGUAAAUAAUUAGCGUUUACAAUGCCACUGUAUAAAUGAACAAAACAUACAAAUAAAUAACGUUAUAUUCUGAAUAAAGUAUUUUAAAAAGAAUGUGAAAAAAUAUGCAAAACAAAAACCACAGGAGAUAAGAUUAUAUAUGGUAGAUAUGGACUCAGAUGAAGAAAUAUUUGUGUACAUUAAAAAAUCAUUUGUUAAUAUAAAUAGAUGAGAUCACUGUUAUUUUGCUGUUGUUUCCUACUUUUUGUCUUCUUUUUUUUGCAUCGUUUUUAAGUGGUUUAUCUUUAUUAAACAACUGGUCAAAACAAAAGACUCUAUUUGGAUAAAUAAACACAGUAAAAUACGAAAGUGAAAUCAUGACUUAAAGGGACAGUCUAGUCACAAUUAAGCUUUCAUGAUUCAGAUAGGGCAUGCAAUUUUAAACAACUUUCCAAUUUACUUUUAUCAUUAAAUUUGCUUUGUUCGCUUGGUAUUCUUAGUUGAAUGCUAAACCUUGGUAGGCUCAUAUGCUAAUUUUGAGCCUACCAAUAAAUUCUUUGGAGUAGACUGUCCCUUAAAACAUUUCGAGUCUCGUUUACAAAUUAUUUUACUCAUUACUUAAACUAUUAAACAGAGUGUUCUCAGUUGUGUCACUUUAUUUGUGCCAUUACUACAAUGUCUAUUUAAUAAAAAUGAAUAAAGUAUCCUGGAAAAAAAACAAAAACCUAAUGUUGUACUACUUGACUUUUAUAUUAUUUGUCACUGCACUCUUUGUAACAGAGAGUAAACUUGUUCUUGAUUUAAAAAGGCAUAUGAUUUUUUGUAUUCAUGAACUAAUAACUGAGAAAAAUAAAAGAUCUAUGUUUUGAA